AUGCAAGUGCUGUGUUACGGCUCGGACCUCCCUGCCUGCUCCGCGCGGAUAUACAUCCUCUACACUGGCCAGCACUACGACCCGAUUGUGUCUGGAGCCGAAGCCGACGUUGCAGUGGAGCAGGAGCAGAAGAAGCACAAAAAAGGCGACACGAGCUUGGAAGCCAAAGCUCUGGAGCUUGCGCGGCGGCAUGUCGCGGAGGCCGCGAAGAAAGCUAAGCAGCGGCGCGCCAAGAAGAUCAAGUGUGGUGGCUGCGGAGCGCUGCUAAGUGAUGCAGAGGCGUUUGCGACACAUUGCGGCGAAGUCGACCACGAUGACGACUUUGCCUACGAUUGCGAGGAGGUGGAAGUGGUGAUCGAGGAAGGUGAGGAACUUCCCGAGGGAACGGUGGACUUGAAUGCAGACCACGUUUACAGUUUCAGCAACACUGGCAAGGACCCGCUGUGCCAUGCAUAUCCUGCUACUGUGACAGUGGCCGGUGUGAGUUUCCCAAGCCUGGAGCACUACUGGCAGGCGGCUCCCUUCAUUGGCGAGGAAGACGCUUUGGUUCGAAGCAUCGCAGCUGCCGCGACGGUUGAUGAGGCGAUGAUUCUGGCCGGGGGUGCCGGCCCCAAUGCGCAGCGCAGCGACUUCCGCGAGAGGCGACUCGAGUUGCUGGCGGAGGGUCUCAAAGCAAAGGCAGCUCAGUGCCCCGCUUUUGUUCAAGCACUUCAGGCUACAGGCGACAAGACACUGGUCUUUGCGGACACCGAUCCCUGGGCGGGCAUGCAAGCACCAGGCGGUUUGGCAACGGGCCAGAACGCUGUUGGGAAG